ACUCUCCUACAUUCUCUUUCCCUGUGUCAGUACAAGGAUCAUUUUUUUUCCUUCCUCUACUCCCUCCCUCUGCCUGCCCCUCCCUCCCUGUCUCCCCUCCCUCCCUCCCUCCCUUCCCGACUGGGUCGGUCCGCUGGGGUGCCGAAUCCCCUCACGGCUGGGACGCGCCGAACUCCCAGCAGGAGUCGGCUCUGUGGAGCCUGGUCCCUCCCUUCCCCUUCCCUGCCCCCUUCCCCCACCCCCGAAGCGGGCUCAGCGCGGCGGCCGGAGGAACCCCCGAGCCACCCCGGGCCCCUGAGCUGGAGGAAUGGAGAACUCCUCAGCGGCGUCAGCCUCCUCUGAGGCAGGAAGCAGCCGCUCCCAGGAGAUCGAGGAACUGGAGCGCUUCAUUGACAGCUACGUGCUGGAGUACCAGGUGCAGGGGCUGCUGACGGACAAGCCGGAAGGUGAUGGGGAGAGCCAGAGGACACAGUCCCACAUCUCCCAGUGGACUUCUGACUGCAGAGAGCAGCUGGAUGGUGGCUGUUCCUUCUCCAGAGGGCGAGCCCCGCCACAGCAGAAUGGCAACAAAGACAGCUCUCUAGACGUGCUGGGCACAGAUAUCUGGGCCGCCAACACCUUUGACUCCUUCAGUGGUGCCACCUGGGACCUGCAGCCUGAGAAGCUGGACUUCACCCAGUUCCAUCGGAAGGUGCGCCACACUCCCAAGCAGUCCCUGCCACACAUCGACAGAGAUGGGUGUGGAAAAGGGAAGCUGGAAGAUGGAGAUGGCAUCAACCUGAAUGACAUCGAGAAGGUCCUCCCAACCUGGCAGGGCUACCACCCUAUGCCCCAUGAAGUGGAGAUCGCACAUACCAAGAAGCUGUUUCGGAGGCGGAGAAACGACCGAAGACGGCAGCAGAGACCUCCAGGAGGGAAUAAACCCCAACAGCAUGGCGACCAUCAACCAGGAAGUGCCAAACACAACAGGGACCACCAGAAAUCCUACCAGGGGGGCUCAGGGCCCCACCCCUCAGGGAGGCCCACACAUCACGGCUACAGCCAGAACAGGCGCUGGCACCACGGUAACAUGAAGCAUCCACCAGGAGACAAGGGAGAAGCAGGCAGCCACCGCAACGCCAAAGAGACCGUGACCGUUGAGAACCCCAAACUUGAAGAUAGCCCAGGGGACACCGGACACGGUGGCCUUGAGCCAACCUGCAGUCCUGACACUCUGGCCCCAACAUCCUCUGAGAGGCCAACCCCACAGCCGCCAGGGGGCCCAGAGGCUGAGACCAAGCAUAAAGACAGUGUUCUUCCCGAGCGCCCUGGGGAGCGGCCCAGAAUCACCCUGCUCCAGUCUUCCAAAGACAGGCUGAGGCGAAGACUGAAAGAGAAGGUACCGGAGGAAGUGACCGUAGAGACGAGCAAUCCUCAGCCAAACAAGAUGGACAAGUUGAUGGAGAUCCUGAACAGCAUGAGGAACAACAGCAGCGAUGUGGACGCCAAGCUCACCUCCUUCAUGGAGGAGGCCCAGAACUCCACCAACUCCGAGGAGAUGCUGGAGGAGAUCGUGCGAACCAUCUACCAGAAGGCCGUGUCGGACCGCAGCUUUGCCUUCACAGCCGCCAAACUCUGCGACAAGAUGGCACUCUUCAUGGUCGAGGGGACCAAGUUCCGGAGCCUGCUCCUCAACAUGCUUCAGAAGGACUUCACUGUGCGUGAGGAGCUGCAGCAACAGGAUGUGGAGCGCUGGCUGGGCUUCAUCACCUUCCUGUGUGAGGUGUUCGGCACCAUGCGGAGCAGCACCGGGGAGCCCUUCCGAGUGUUGGUGUGCCCCAUCUACACGUGCCUCAGGGAGCUCUUACAGUCUCAGGAUGUGAAGGAAGACGCUGUCCUCUGCUGCUCCAUGGAGCUACAAAGCACAGGCCGGCUGCUGGAGGAGCAGCUGCCUGAGAUGAUGACGGAGCUCCUAGCCAGCGCUCGCGAUAAGAUGCUAUGCCCCUCAGAGUCCAUGCUCACCCGGUCCCUGCUCCUGGAGGUCAUCGAGCUCCAUGCCAACAGCUGGAACCCUCUGACGCCCCCCAUCACGCAGUACUACAACAGGACCAUCCAGAAACUGACAGCCUGACAGAGAAAGGGGCCUGGCGGGCAGCCCGUGGGCAGCUGGGGCCCUGGUCCACAGGGCCAGAUGGACAGGCGAAAGGACAGGGGUGGCCCUGGUGGGAAAAACAAAUGAGCAGGGAGGCCGGCAGCAGCAGUGGCCAGUCUGGAACCAGUCACGGAGGGGACGGGAUCCCUCAGAAGAGCUCCCCCGUGUCGCUCCCCAGCCUGAGCAUGUGGCAGCUCGCACCAAGGGAAGCAUGUUUCUUUGUCCUGGUGGUCACCCGCCCUUGCUCUCCUGGGCUCUAGUCCUCCCCGCCCCCCCCCCCCCCCCUGCCUUCCAGCCCAUCCCCCCCAUAGAGCUUUAUGGGAGGAAUCUCUGCCACUCCUCACUGUCUCCAGCUGCCUCUCAGCCUCCCACACCUCUGGCCACGGGCUGGGUCAGCCAGGACUGCUGAGGGCUGAAAAAGUGGGUCGAGACGGCUCUCAUUGUUCCCACGUGCCGUCCGCUGCAGUCGCCAACUGGCAGCCGGCAACGUGUAGCAGAUGUCUGAGAGGACAAAGGCAGGCACGGUCCCCACCAGCCGCCCACAAUUGACAGCCUUUGUCAGCCCCAGAGGAGCUGGGGAAAGGGUCCCCCACCCCUUCUAACCUUCGUGUUUCGCCCUCCUAACUUCAAUUCCUCCUACUUUCAGCCUCCAGCCCCAGGGCCUGCUGCUCCCUCUGGGCAGAGGAGGGAGUUGGGACUCCCAGCUCAGCUUGCUCCCUUUUAUUUUGUUUUUCCACUAGAUGCUUUGAAGUCUCUCUUCUCAAUGAGAAUGCCCUCCAUGUGAUCCCACAGUCGUCGUCGCCUCGAGGACCCCCCCCCUGAUUAGUGGGAGAUCAAACCUUGCCCCCUCUGUAAAGAAUCUAGCCACAAACAGCUUGCCAGUAGCCAGCUAGUAAUUGGAAACUUCCGCCCCAUUGGGGGUCCCCACUGGAACCCCGUGUUCCUAGGCCCCUGUCCACUGCUAGCUUCCAAAGGGCUGAUACUGUCCCCUGGACUGCCUUAGGACCUGCCCUGGCCCCUGUUACGGCAAACGGGGCCAGAAACGAUGCUAGCGAAUUAAAACCAAAUGCAAGCCUUGUUCCAAGCAACUGCUGGAGGAAGAGCCGCUGCUGGCUUCUUGGGUCUGAGAGCCUCAUCCGCGGGCUGUGUCCUUGCCCUCACCUCAUCCCUGGAACAGCUUCCCAGAUUGAUGGGGAGAGGAAAGCCUCGGAGUCGUGACUGGGGGACAGUUGGUAGGUGACCAGGCAGGCAGCCAGGUGGAGUUCUUCAGGCUAGCAACAAAGCUAGGGUUUCUCAAAAGGUUUUGGUCCCAGGGAGUAACCUUUCUUCUGUACCGGCUAGACAGAAGGAUGUGGCUCAGCCCAAGAGGCUGGUCUCUGUGUCAUGACUGGUGACUGCUCUGCCUCAUCUCUGGGAAGCAGGAACCCACACUCUGAUGCUCCCCCAGAAUAUGGCUUCCCAGUGUGUUGCUUUUACUGGGAUUGGUUAUCUUCUAGGCCAUGUUGGAGGUGCUUGAGCAGUGGUUCUCAACCUGUGGGUCGAGACCCCUUUGGGGGUCAAGCAACCUUUUCAUAGGGG